AUGAGUCUGUUCGGCCUCGGCAGGUAUGAGUACAGAUGGGCAGACGGUGUACAAAUCAAGAAACCAAUCGAAGUUUCAGCUCCUAAAUAUGUCGAGUAUUUGAUGGACUGGAUCGAAACCCAGUUAGAUGACGAAUCUAUAUUUCCUCAAAAACUAGGGGCUCCUUUUCCUUCGAAUUUCCGGGAGGUCGUGAAGACCAUUUUCAAACGUCUGUUCCGUGUUUACGCGCAUAUAUACCACUCUCAUUUUCAGAAGAUUGUGAGUCUAAAGGAGGAGGCCCACUUAAACACCUGCUUCAAGCAUUUUAUUCUGUUUACCUGCGAAUUUUUGCUCAUCGACAAGAAGGAACUCGCUCCACUUCAAGAACUCAUAGAAUCCAUUGUCCCUUACUGA